UUUUCAGAUUACAUUACAGAGUUACAUUUGUGGCUUUACUUCUUAGCAGUCUUUUGGUAUCUGCCAGACAAUACGUGGGUGAACACAUAAGGUGUAUAACAGAUACUGCGGUAAAUUUGAAAGUAAUAGAAACUUAUUGCUUCUUUACGUCUACUUUCACUGUGUCAAAACACAUGAACGCAUCGCACGUUAACGACGGAGAAAUACCACAUCCUGGUGUUGGUCCUGUUAGUAAAAAUGACGAGAUUGUUCAUCAUGCUUAUUAUCAAUGGGUACCAUUCGUUUUAUUUUUUCAAGCACUUUUAUUCUAUAUGCCACAUUAUUUGUGGCGUAGAGCUGAAGGUAUGAUAUAUAGAUAA